AACACACCAACAAUAAAGGGAAAAACAAAAGAUAAAGGUGCCUCGUCAAAGAUUAUUAAAGUGAAGACCAAGAGAUUCUCUCUCUAUUUGGCUCUCUACUUUACUCAUCCAACUACUUUGCUUCAAACAGCUCCCUUAUGUGUUAAUAUUUACUUUCUAUAAUCAAAACCAUCUAAACUGCCUCCACCAUGAUCAACUUCAUGAAUCUCUCACAAAUGGGAUCAAGCUCAGUAGCACCCCAAUUAUCUCCACGUUCUUUGAUUAGCCUUGUAUUAACAAUCAUUCUUUAUAGUACCAGUAGUCCUCUCAACCUGAUCAGACCGGCUCAAGCAAGCGUCUGCAGAACCUCAUGCGGCAAAGUCCCAAUAAACUACCCUUUUGGCAUAGACGAUGGCUGCGGCAGCCCUUACUACCGACACCUCUUGGUCUGUUCCGAAUCAGGCAAUCUUGAGCUCCGAACUCCAUCUGGUCGAUACCCGGUUCGAACCAUAAGCUACAGUACCGAUCCCCACAUUCUCCUCACGGACCCUUUCAUGUGGAACUGCCAAGACGGCGACAACUUCCGUCCAACUAGACCCGUCAGCCUCGACACGAGUACUCACUUGUCACUCUCCUCUCAAAACGAGUACCUUUUCUUCAACUGCAGCGAAAACGACGUGAUCAUUGAGCCCAAGCCCGUUUUCUGCGAACGCUAUCCUGAGCGAUGUGAUUCAUCGUGCGACAGUUCAGCCUACCUUUGCCGUCACCUGCCCGAUUGUGGCUCGACGGCGCUCAGAGGCGGUGGCAUGAGCGGUAUGUCUUCUACUUCUUGCUGUUCUUAUUAUCCGAAAGCAACCGAAUCUUUGAGGUUGAUGUUGAAGUAUUGUACGAGUUACACCAGCGUGUAUUGGAGGAACACUGGUGCAACUCAGCCUUAUGAUCAGGUCCCUGAAUAUGGGCUUAGGGUUGACUUUGAAACUCCCGUGACUACUAAUUGUCUUCGGUGCCAAGAUAUGAAUAAGGGAGGAGGGACUUGUGGCUUUGAUAUUCAUUCCCAGGAUUUCUUGUGCCUUUGUGAAAAAGCAAAUGUCACUACUUAUUGCAAUGAUCACAGCCUUACUCCGCAUAGGAAAGUAGGAGUCAUUGCAGGGACAGCAACUGCAGCAUCUGUGGCUGGAGUCUUAGGAAUUGGAGCUGGUGUUUGGUAUUUGAAGAAAGUGAGAGCAAAAGCACCAGUGACAUGUGGGGUACAAAGCAAUGAGAACAGGCUUUUCUAAAGACACACAAAACUGAUCAGUGAACAGUACACUUGCUCUUGCUCGUCUUGAUUAAUUAAUUAAUUUUUCUUUCUAAUUUUUCAUUAAUUUUUGUGUUUUUAGUUCAUCAACUUGUCUCUCCCAAGAUGGAUUUGAUUUUGUCUCUUCAUUUCACAAUGUUCUUACUUUUA